CCCACUGGAUCCCCCAACUACAAAUACACACACUCCCAUUUCUCUCCUCUUCAAAUUUCAAACUUCAAACCCACUUUUGUUCAAUGGCAUUCUCCAUUUUUCUUCCUCUCUUCCUUUCUUUACUUCCUUUCUCCUCAUCUACUAGAUCAUUCCCCAAUGCCCAACCUCAACAACUUCUCUUCCAUUACCACAACGGCCCUCUUCUCAGCGGCGACAUAUCCCUUAAUCUCAUUUGGUAUGGCAAUUUCAAGGCUUCCCAAAAAGCCAUUGUCAUCGAUUUCCUCUCUUCCCUUUCUUCUUCCAAACCCAUCUCUCCAAAUCCCUCUGUUUCCACUUGGUGGAACACCAUUCACAAUUAUUAUACCAACUCCAAUUCCAAACCCCUCUCUCUCUCAUUAGCCUCCCAAAUUCAACUCCCCGAUUACUCCCUUGGCAAAUCUCUUACCAAUUCCCACAUUCUCGCUCUCGCUUCCAAGGGUGGCCAGACCAAUGCAAUCAAUCUCGUCUUCACCGCCCCCGAUGUCACCGUCGACGGAUUCUGUUUCAACAAAUGCGGCUCCCACGGAUCCUCUCUUGGAGCUCCCAUCAACGGAAAGCCCCACAGAUUUGCAUACAUUUGGGUGGGCAAUUCCCAAACCCAAUGUCCUGGUUACUGCGCUUGGCCCUUCCACCAGCCCCUGUACGGCCCCCAGACUCCGCCGCUGGUCGCACCCAACAACGACGUCGGGAUGGACGGUCUUGUGAUUAACCUCGCCGCUCUUCUCGCUGGGACUGUUACCAAUCCCUUUGGGAAUGGGUUCUAUCAGGGUCCUAAGGAAGCUCCGCUGGAGGCGGCGUCGGCCUGUACCGGAAUCUUUGCCAAGGGUUCUUACCCUGGCUUUCCUGGGGAGCUUCUUGUUGAUUCCGUCACCGGAAGGAGUUACAAUGCCAAUGGUCGGAAUGGCCGGAAAUAUCUGCUUCCGGCGCUGUUUGAUCCCAACACUUCCGCUUGUUCUACUCUCGUUUGAUACCUACUUUCGGCUACCUGUUUAAACGACGGCGUACAAAAAUGUUCGGUUCUGGGAGAUUUAUUGGAUUAAUUUAUUUAUUCGUUCCAUGGAUUUAUUCGAUUAAUACAUAAUUUAUUUAUAGUGUAAUUUUUA